AUGGCACCCAAGCAGGACCCGAAGAAGCCUAAAUUCCAGGAGGGUGAGCGAGUACUGUGCUUUCACGGGCCCCUUCUUUAUGAAGCAAAGUGUGUAAAGGUUGCUAUGAAGGACAAACAAGUGAAAUAUUUUAUACAUUACAGUGGUUGGAAUAAAAAUUGGGAUGAAUGGGUUCCAGAGAGCAGAGUACUCGAAUAUGUGGACACCGGUCUGCAGAAACAGCGAGAACUUCAGAAGGCCAACCAGGAGCAGUAUGCAGAGGGGAAGAUGAGAGGGGCUGCUCCGGGAAAGAAGACCUCUGGUCUGCAACUGAAAAAUGUAGAAGUGAAAACCGAAAAGAACAAACAGAAAACACCUGGAAAUGGAGACGGCGGCAGUGCCAGUGAGACGCCUCAGCCUCCUCGGAAGAAGAGGGCCCGUGUAGAUCCUACUGUUGAAAAUGAAGCAACAUUCAUGAACAGAGUGAAGUUAAAGAUUCCUGAAGAGCGCAAACCAUGGCUUGUUGAUGACUGGGACUUAACUACAAGACAGAAACAGCUGUUUUAUCUUCCUGCGAAGAAGAAUGUGGACUCCAUUCUGGAGGAUUAUGCAAAUUAUAAGAAAUCUCGUGGAAACACAGAUAAUAAGGAAUACGCUGUUAAUGAAGUAGUGGCAGGGAUAAAAGAAUGCUUCAACGUAAUGCUGGGCACUCAGCUGCUCUAUACAUUUGAGAGACCACAGUGCGCUGAAAUCCUCGCAGAUCAUCCUGACACACCAAUGUCCCAGGUGUGUGGAGCGCCACAUCUACUGCGAUUAUUUGUGCGAAUUGGAGCGAUGUUGGCCUAUACACCUCUGGAUGAGAAGAGCCUUGCUUUGUUACUGAAUUACCUUCACGAUUUCCUAAAGUACAGAGAAUCCUGCAACUUUGUUUAGCGCCAGUGAUUACGA